CCGCCCCAGCAGCGCGCGCGGUCCGUGCGGCGCGUGCGCGUGCGGGGCGCCGGGCUAGCGGGGCGGCUCGAGCAGGCGGCUUUGUGGCUGAAGACCCCCGUGAGCCGGCCCGGCUGCCCCGAGCGCCUUUGCCCCGCCGCGCGGCGCGGGACUCCUGGGAGGCGCGGCGCGACCCCAGCCGGCGGCGGUUCGGCCGGGAGCGUGGAGGAGGCCCGACACACGGCCGAAGCGCGCCCCGGCGCCGCCCCCGGGGGAUGUGAAGUUGGGCGUCCGGCGAGUUUCCGGAUUGGGAUCCGAUGCCCCGCUCGCCUCCCCGACUGAGAAGGGAAUGACCAUGCCAGGUAAAGGGAAGAAAGAGAAAGGCCGGGGCAGGUCUCGAGGGAAGAAGCAGAAGAAGCCCGAAGUGGACAUCCUCAGCCCCGCCGCCAUGUUGAACCUGUACUACAUCGCGCACAACGUCGCCGACUGCCUGCACCUGCGAGGCUUCCGCUGGCCAGGUGCUCCCAAAGGGAAGAAGAAGAUGUAAGUGACAGAGCUCGCGGCUCGUGCCUGCUGCAGAGAGCAGGACGUGGGCACGAGGAGGCGGGACGUUCCAAUGACUGCAAGCAGAACAGACUUUGCUGAAGACGACUUGAAAUGCCAGCCAAGCACUCUGCGGUAGGAAUGACCUCUCAGCUGACCUGGUGUGGUUAGUCAUGGCGCUUCAGAAGCUAAGGGGGAAGAGAGUCUGAAAAACAGUCCUGCAUAGUGUAGUGCAAUUGGCAGUACUUUAAAACAUUAUUAUCGUAAUUUUGGGUGAGAAUUAAACCUUGCUCGCAAAAGACA